AGGGACACUUUCACCCGGACGCCAGGCAGCUUUCGGUGUCCGAUCCGGCUGUGCGGGGAUGGCGGCGGCGGCGCUGCUGGCUGUGGUGGACAGGAACCAGUGGCGGCGGGUCCCGUUCCUGCUGCUGCAGCCGAGGUGACGAUGGGGCGGCGGGUCCGUGCGCGGCCGGGUGGAGGGGCGCUGGGUCGUGUGAGCGGCCCUUUAAGUCUCUGUGUGUGGUUUUGGUGGGCGCUGUCCCACUUCUACGUGUUGGCUCUUCCCAGGUCCCUGUGUCAUUGGCUCCGAGGGUGGGAGGGUGGCGCUCCAGCCGCAGAGUGCACAGCUAGAGACAUGGGCCAGGACCCCCUUUCCAAAGUCCCUUUCAGCUGAGCUUCCCCAUCUUGAGUUCAGUUCACAAAAGGAUUCCCAGAGAUCUUUCCUAUUGAGGGAAAGAAUCAAAUUAAUGAGAGCAACCCUGCAGAGGGCUGAGGAGUUUUGUCGAAUGCUGUUCACAAGUUUGUACAAAGCUGUAUAAGAUGACUCACUUGUACCCCAGAUUAUUUUGGCGAUGAAGCUCCACACUUUGGGGACAGUAACUUCUGCGGUGAAAACCCCAGUCCUGUAGGUAGAUGGCUUCAUCAUUAUCAUCACCUUCCCACAUUCUGGAAAGGAAGCCUCAAGACUGCCCUGGGGGCAGAGGACUGGGUCUCAGCUGCUCACUUCGUGUAUGACCUUGGCCAAGUAACCUGAUAACUUUGCUUCAGUUUCUUCUAGGAAGAGGUAAUGGUGCUCGUAUCUAACAGAGAUAAUGUUAAUAUGAUACUGGUCCUCUCUUUUGUCCAAAUUAACAAGUGAAUAAAAAUUUAACCAGAUAUGGUCCAUAUGGUUUAGUCAAUAAACGGACUUUGAAGAAUCAACAAAUCUUCAGCCAACAGUGGUAGAUAUCCUGGAUUGUCAGUGACUCACCCCUAUAUUUUAAAUACGGAAGAUGGUGAAGAAAGUGUCAAUGCUAUUUUCUUUCCUGUGAAUUAAUUUUUUUUUUUUUUUUAGGUUUCCACAGAACUACCACAGACUCGUUUUCCUCUUUCCUCUCUCAAAGCUUGCUUAUUGUCUGUAGAAAAAGUCUGUAGGUGACUAACUUGUACCACAGCUCCUUUUGGAGAUGAAGUGCCACACUUUAUCAUCUCUCUAAUGGUUUCUAGAAUUAAAAAUCUUACCAGCAUGAGAUUUUUUUUUCCCAACCAUGAUUCCUCUUAUAUCUCAGAGAAAAGAAUCCCUCGUUGUAAGAUUUUAGGCAUGAGAACAGAAGCUGUCUUAAUCAGUGUAAUUAUCUCAUGGCAGCAACUUACUUAUCUUAUUUAAAUGUUUUAAGACGUAGCAAAAAUAACUAAAAAAUAGGCUAGAGCAAUGAAAGCGUUGUGCGGAUAGAGGAUUACAGCUACGGGGUGUGGCUUUCCGCCUGUCUCAGUCUCUACUAGCUGAAAGGAAAAUGCUUUGGGCUGUCAGUGGUCCCAUAUGAACUUGUCAUUUCAUAGACACAACUGUCUGGAAAGGCUUUAAACCUUAACUUACCUCAAGAGGUCAAAGGAAGACAAUGCUCCAAGCUGGAAAAUGUCUCAUAAAGAUCAGGAAAAAUGUCUUCCUCCUUGAAGAUCAAGAAUAUGAGGUGGGCUGAAUUAGGAAGAUUUAAGAAAGCACCAGUCUCCUGGGGAAACUAUCUGCAGAGUUCUCAUGCCAAAGAUGUAUGUCUUCCCAGUAGGCUUCAAGACAGCAUCUGAUUAAGUGUGCGUCCCUCCCAGGAUAGUGAGUAUAGAGUGUGCCUCAAGUGACCCUGAUGGUCGCAUAGUCACAUGCAAAGGGUGUAUGCAUAUUGUUGCAGUUACAUGAUAUCUAAUGUAUACUGUGAUCUUUGUGCUUUGUGGAAGAGCUAAGCUCCUCACUCUAUACAACUGUGGUUUUGCUUGGAAAAACUGUAUACAUUAAAACUGAGAAGUAUCUUCAAGAUUGACUCUUACAGAAUAGGAACUAUAGGUUAAGCGCUUGACUAACAUGUGUUUGUGGAUCUCUAAAACUCAAAUUCAUCUGUUUGUAAAAUUUAUUCCUUACUAUUUAAGUUUUCUCGUUGGGAGGGUAUUAAUGAAAAAAGAUUGAGAAACCCCAGUGUAGAGUGAUGUGACUGGACAAGCCAUAUUGAAGAGAAGCAGGGAAUGGGCUUGGAAGCAGAGAACCAUGAAGUACGGAACAACCCCAGGAAGAAGCAUUGCCAAAGUCCUCAUUGCAAACAGAGGAGAAAUUGCUUGCAGGGUGAUACGAACAGCCAAAAGAAUGGGCAUACAGUCUGUGGCUGUUUACAGCGAGGCUGACAGGAAUUCCAUGCAUGUAGAUAUGGCAGAUGAAGCAUAUUCCAUCGGCCCUGCUCCAUCUCAGCAGAGCUACCUGGCAAUGGAGAAAAUCAUUCAAGUGGCCAAGAGCUCUGCGGCACAGGCCAUCCAUCCAGGAUAUGGCUUUCUUUCAGAAAACAUGGAAUUUGCUGAACUUUGUAAGCAAGAAGGGAUUAUUUUUAUAGGCCCUCCUUCGUCUGCAAUUAGAGAUAUGGGUAUAAAGAGCACAUCCAAGUCCAUUAUGGCUGCUGCUGGAGUCCCUGUCGUGGAAGGUUACCAUGGCGAGGACCAGUCUGACCAGUGCCUGAAAGAGCAUGCUGGGAAAAUCGGGUACCCUGUUAUGAUCAAAGCUGUCCGUGGUGGAGGAGGAAAAGGCAUGAGGAUCAUUAGAUCUGAAAAAGAAUUCCAAGAGCAGUUAGAAUCAGCCCGGAGAGAAGCUAAGAAGUCUUUCAACGAUGAUGCUAUGUUGAUCGAGAAGUUCGUGGACACUCCAAGGCACGUGGAAGUCCAGGUGUUUGGUGAUCGCCAUGGCAAUGCAGUAUACUUGUUUGAAAGAGACUGUAGUGUACAGAGGCGACAUCAGAAGAUCAUCGAGGAGGCCCCAGCGCCUGGUAUUAAUCCUGAAGUAAGAAGAAAGCUGGGGGAGGCCGCAGUCAGGGCUGCUCAGGCUGUCAAGUAUGUGGGAGCAGGAACUGUGGAAUUCAUUAUGGACUCAGAGCACAAUUUUUAUUUCAUGGAGAUGAACACAAGGCUACAAGUAGAACAUCCCGUCACUGAAAUGAUCACGGGAACUGACUUGGUGGAGUGGCAGUUCAGGAUUGCAGCAGGAGAGAGGAUUCCCUUGAGCCAGGAAGAAAUCCCUCUGCAGGGCCACGCCUUUGAGGCUAGAAUAUAUGCAGAAGACCCUGACAAUAGCUUCAUGCCAGGGGCUGGACCACUGGUUCACCUCUCUACCCCUCAGGCAGACAUGUCUACGAGGAUUGAAACCGGAGUGCGGCAAGGAGAUGAAGUCUCGGUGCAUUACGACCCCAUGAUCGCAAAGCUUGUUGUCUGGGCCGCAGAUCGCCCGUCAGCCCUGUCGAAACUGAGGUACAGCCUUCAUCAGUACAACAUUGUCGGCUUGCGCACCAAUGUGGACUUCCUGCUCCGGCUGUCUGGCCACCCAGAGUUCGAAGCUGGAAAUGUGCACACUGACUUCAUCGCUCAGCACCACAAGACACUCCUACCCACCCACAGCAUCAUAGCCAAAGAGGCUGUAUGCCAGGCAGCUUUGGGGCUCAUCCUCCAAGAGAAAGAGAUGACCAGCACUUUCAGACUUCACACACAAGAUCUAUUCUCUCCGUUUUCAUUCAGCAGUGGGAGAAGACUGAAUAUCUCUUACACCAGAAACAUGACUCUGAGAAGUGGUAAAAGUGAUAUAGUCAUAGCUGUGACGUAUAACCAUGAUGGGUCAUAUGACAUGCAGAUUGAAAAUCAGACCUUCCGAGUCCUUGGUGACCUUUGCAAUGAGGGAGGCUGUACCUACCUGAAGUCUUCUGUUGACGGAGUAGCCAGUAAAUCCAAGUUCGUCAUCCUCGACAACACCAUCUACCUGUUUUCCAUGGAAGGAAGUAUUGAAAUUGGCAUUCCAGCACCCAAGUACUUGGCCUCAGCGAGCUCAGAAGGAACUCAGGGUGGUACCAUCGCUCCUAUGACUGGAACCAUUGAAAAGGUGUUUGUGAAAGCUGGAGACAGAGUAAAAGCCGGAGACUCUCUGAUGGUUAUGAUCGCCAUGAAGAUGGAGCAUACCAUAAAAGCUCCAAAGGACGGCAGGAUAAAAAAGGUGUUCUUCAGAGAAGGGGCCCAGGCCAACAGACAUGCACCUUUAGUGGAGUUUGAGGAGGAAUCUGACUAAUUCGAGUUGUAAUGAACUGUGUCCAUCAAAGAAAGCAGCUGCCCAGCAUCUUACCUACCUGGAUACAGCAAGUGCCUCUUGAAUUUCUAGGUCCCAGGAAGAGGAACUUUAUUAAAUAAAUGGUCAUGUGAUUGUAAAACCCUUUCAUACUUACAAAUUAUCUCAAAAGAUUUCGUAGAAAUAAAACUGAGUUGUAUUUUUUUUUUUAGAAACUAUUGUUUGCCUUAGAUCUUGUAUGUUUACUCUUUUAGAAGUAGGGUAGAAGGCAGCUUGAUUAAGAGAGAAGUUAAAAGGAAAAGUCAUAUAAGUGAGUGGCUUUCCAGUUCCCCCUGAUGAAAAUACAGUGACAUACUUCAGAGGCAGGGGUCCCAGAGCUGAACUCAACCACGGGUCACUUAAUUAUUUUAAGACACAAGUGUCACUUGUUUCUAGUCCUUGUGUUUGGAAAGUUUCUCUUUAGCUUCUUCUGCCUUUAUUGUACUUGCAGGCAGCCUGGGAAGCCCUGAGUGAGUGACGUCUUGACUGAAUGUGUCCUGUUGAUCUGGGCACGGCCAUGUCAAGGAUCUUAGCCUUAGACCCAAGGAAAAUGGCACCCCACCCACCCCCACCCUGAGAUUCCCCUUUCGGGGUGAGGCUCAGGGGAAUUUUGAACAAAGCCUUCCUCUGUUUUCUGUGCAGAUAUUGAUAUUGUGUGCAAACAUUAUCCACCAUAGCUUUCUACCCCCAGGAUGUUUACAGCCUGCUCUCCUGCAGAGACCACUCCUACUAAGAUUAGCGAACCUGUGGCCUCGACCCAGCUGUAUACCAUAAACGCUGCCUCCUUGUUUACCUGUAUACGAUAACCUCGCCUCCUUGCUCAACUCUAUGUAAUUAACACUCUGAGCAUCCAAGGUGAUGUGAUUUCUCCAUGGAUGGAGAGUCCAGUCCAUCUAGUUCCAGUCUUUUCUGGUGUCUUUGGUGCUUGUAUUUUCUUCAUUCCCUUACCACCCCAAUCAGGUCUGUCCCUGGAGGUGUGCUGGCCAUGGCAGUACUGCACUCGCUAAGUGGACAUCUUAAAAAGCGUUUGUAUCAUACUCGGAUGUUACUUUUCUUUAAUUUGGAUAAAUUAAAAAAAAUGGUUUUGCACAAAUUGGCUAGAGGGCCAAGGAGAUGGAUGGCAGAGUGAUUCAGGUGCCUACACAAAAGCAAGAGGACUGGAAUUCGGAUUCGGAGUGCCCUGAAAAUGCCAGGCAAGCAUGCCAUCUUGCCUACAAUUCCACCCUCAGAAGGUGGAGACUGAAUCUUUGGUAUGAGCUGGCUAGCAAGACUAGCCAUAGCAGUGAGCUCUGAGUUUGGUUGAGAGACCUGGCCUCACAGUGAGGAGGAAGCACAAUUGAGGAAGACCCGGACAUCAACUUCAGGCCUCUACACGUGGCUGACACGAAGGAAUGGGGACUGAAUAGAGAGGAGGUCUGAGAAGGGAAGGAGGAGGGCUGGGGGUUCAGCAAACUUCUGUGGAGUCCUAGGGAAUGGAAUUAGGGCUGGAGGAGAGGCAUCUGCAAACACUCGGAUACAGGGCUGGGUGUUAUGGAGGGUGAGGAUUGCCUGGUCAAUCAUCUAAUCGGAAGUGGGCAUAAUCAUGUCAGAAUUUCCAAACCCUAUGCCCUGGAUGUCAAGGGAGUGGUUCCAAAGGCAGCAUUGUCAACGGUGGCAGACAGUCAGGAGUGUGGGUCUCCCAUGGUCUGAUUAUCUGCCCUAGUUAGGAUGUUCAUUCAUUCAUCAAGGUAACAUCUCCUGGAUGUGAUUGAAGGUGAAAUCUGGCUGGUGUGGAAAUGGGUGUUUCAGUGAAAGCUUUGUGAGCAGGUGUGACCACGGUAAGAUUCACUAAGGAAAACCCAGGGGGUAGAGGGUUUAGACGAAGAAGUGUGAGGCGGCAGCAGCAGCGCCUAACCGGACAGUGAACUGGUGUUGUCCUGUGCCUGAGCAGAUUUGCACAACUAGAGGAGAGAUGCCAAGGUGUGCAAUGGAGGCUGAGGAAAAAUACUGCCAUGAAGUGAGAAAUUGGUGAGGAGUGAUUAUGUAGAAUUACUUUUUUAGCAAGGAACCUCCCUGACUCCAUUUUGAAGGCAGGAGUCAUUAUACUGUAUUUUAAAAAAUAAGUUUCUAUUUACUAUGAGAGUUGAGUUGCUUUCUGGUUCCUGGAACCUGACCCAUGACCUUGAUUUGUUUUUGAGAAUACCCUUACUCUCCUUGACCCCUCCCUAAUCACAUGGGUGACCACAUGAUGUUCUUUUAAAGAUUUUUUUUUAUUUGCUUAUGGCCCCAUUGUCUCCCUUCUGUAAAACUACUUGUGAUGUUACUUCUUAAAAGGGGCCCAAGAGAUGGAUUUGGUGCUGCUCUCUCUAACCUGACUUCGGAGGCAGUUGUUGGCCAGCUCUUGGGUACACCCCAAUAAAAAUCAAGUUUGCUUCAAAUUUGG